AUGGAGUACCAACAGCAGCCUCAGAUGCAGCCGCAGCCGCAGCAGCAGGAGCACUUUGACCAGCACCAGCACCAGCAGCCGAUCCAACAGGAAUACGUCCAGGGCGCCAACGUCCAGACCCAGGAAUGGCAGUCCAACCUCAUGAACUGCGGGCCCUGCGAUACGUGCAUCGUGGGAACCUGUCUCCCGUGCAUGCUCCUCGGCAAGACGUCGGAGCGCCUGCGCGACCCCACAAUGCAGACCUACGAGGCCAUCAACACGGACUGCCUGCUCAUGUGCGGCAUCACCUGGUUCACCGGCUGCGGCUGGGUCUACGCCAUGAUGAAGCGCGGCGAGAUCCGCGAGCGCUUCGGCAUCAAGGGAUCCGGCUUCUCGGACUGCUGCGUCACAUACUGGUGCUCCUGCUGCGCCCUCAUCCAGCAGGACAAGGAGGUCCAAGCCCGCAUGUCGACGGGGCCCAUCGUCCAGGGCUACCAGCCACAGAAGGAGGGCAUGCACAUGCCGCAGCACAACUGA